GAAGAAAAAAAAUGUUGUCACAACUCAUAACACACUUGGAUGACGGCAAAGGAAAGUGGUGAGUCCGUUGUUGUUGAGGGAUCCUGGGCGUCCAUUACAGUUCAAGCCUUUUUCAAGCUCUGGAAUCAGGCCUGUGCUCGACACGACUCGAUCACUGCUUUGGUUUGAAAGUUUAUGGAGCAAUUUGAUUUGAUUGCUUAUAGAUCCAGUCUUCGAUUCGCGAUCUGAGCUGCAGAGUGCCAAAUUAAAACCCUAAUUGUGAACCUUCCACCGUAAUUGGGGAAUUUACCCUUUCCUUCAAAGGUGGCUCAGCCCUUGCGUCAUGCCCUUGCGCAUGUUAGGUUCUCCUCCUUACGUCUUCUUGAGAUUGAUGGUACUGGUAGUAUGAGAGAUAUGCACCGAAAUUCUACUGGUAGUACUAAUAACACCAAUACUAAUAAUAAGAUACCAUCCGCACUAAGGCUCUCCUCACCUCAACAAUCUCUAAGACGCUUGGGAUUGUGUUCCCAGAUAGCAACGGGGGAGCACUCCUCUCCUAUCGUCUUCCCCGAAAAACGUGCCAAAGUGAAGUCUUCUAGGAAGAGCAGCGUGCCUACUACCAUUGAUCAGGACAUAACCAAGAAUUUUGAGCAUAGGAUUGACAUUGGCGGAGGUGGAGGAGGAGAUGAGAAGUCUGAUUUGCUAGGAUAUGUUGUACUCUCUGGAAAACUCGUUUUGGAUAAGAGAAAGAUUGCUACAAAUAAUAAUGCUGAUGCACAACAGACUUCCGAUAUCACCAACGGGAACGCCGUAGAUGCCAAACUAACAAGCAAGGCCUUGGCCUGGGGCUCCCAACUGCUGCACCUUGACGAUGUUAUUUCGGUUUCUUAUUAUGCUGGUCUCAGACAUUUCACAGUGCACUCGUACCCAUUGAAAAAAGCUUCAUGUGGGCUUUCUUGUUUUAUAAAAUCUCGACGAAGUCGCAAGGAUUUCCGCUUUGUGGCUUCUAGCAUAGAAGAAGCACUGCAAUGGGUUGGUGGAUUUGCAGAUCAACAAUGUUUCGUGAAUUGUCUUCCUCACCCUUUACUGUCUUCGAAGAAGCAAGCAUCCUCAGAAUUACUUCAUACUGAUACCCCUCCUGAAUUGCUCUUUAGAUGUAAAACUCCACCUAAGAUGCUUGUAAUUUUAAACCCACGAUCGGGCCGCGGGCGUUCAAGUAAAGUUUUCCAUGGCAUUGUGGAACCAAUAUUCAAGCUUGCUGGGUUUAGAUUGGAGGUAGUCAAAACAACAUCUGCUGGUCAUGCCAGAAAUCUUGCAUCAAGUGUAGACAUCAGCACUUGCCCUGAUGGAAUUAUCUGUGUUGGCGGUGAUGGGAUAAUCAAUGAGGUUCUUAAUGGUCUCCUUAGUAGAGACAAUCAAAAGGAAGGAAUAUCUAUACCUAUUGGAAUUAUACCAGCCGGUUCUGAUAACUCACUGGUAUGGACUGUUCUUGGAGUUAGAGAUCCAGUUUCUGCAGCAAUGGCUAUCGUGAAGGGGGGUCUUACUGCUACAGAUGUCUUUGCUGUUGAAUGGAUUCAGACUAAUAAAAUUCACUAUGGAUUAACAGUCUCGUAUUAUGGUUUUGUUAGUGAUGUGUUGGAACUUUCUGAAAAAUAUCAGAAGCGCUUUGGCCCACUGCGGUAUUUUGUUGCUGGAUUCCUCAAGUUUCUGUGCUUACCACGCUACAGCUAUGAAGUUGAAUAUCUUCCUGCUUCAAAAAAUGAGAGAGAAGGAAAGCUUUCUGGUGAAAAGGAAGUAGUUGACAUGUCAGAUCUGUAUACUGACAUCAUGAGCAGAUCGAAUAAGGAUGGAAUGCCCAGAGCAUCUAGUCUUUCAAGUAUUGACUCAAUAAUGACUCCAAGUCGUAUAUCUGGUGGAGACCUGGAUACCUGUAGUAGUACCCAUGCGAGCACUGAACCUUCUGAAUUAGUGCGCGGCUUAGAUCCAAAGUCCAAACGCCUAUCGUCUGGAAGGGGCACUGUAACAGCAGAGCCAGAAGUUAUCCAUCCGCAGCUGCCUCUUUCAACAACUCCAAAUUGGCCAAGAACCAGAUCUAAGUCAAGGAAUGAUAAAGGAUGGACUGGAUUGACCACAACACAUGAUACCUCUAGAUGGGGAAAUACUGCGACAAAUGAUAGGGAGGAUAUAUCAUCAACACUGUCUGAUCCAGGUCCUAUUUGGGAUGCUGAACCAAAAUGGGAUGCCGAACCUAAUUGGGACGUGGAAAACCCAAUUGAGUUGCCGGGACCAUCAGAUGAUACAGAAAUAGGCUCUGUGAAGGAGGUUGCACCUCGUUUUGGAGAUAAAUGGGUUGUCUCAAAGGGACAAUUUCUUGGCAUUCUGGUUUGCAACCACGCAUGUAGAACUGUUCAGAGCUCUCAGGUGGUUGCUCCCAAAGCUGAGCACGAUGAUAACACACUAGAUUUGCUCCUGGUUCAUGGGAGUGGAAGGCUGAGGCUGUUGAGAUUUUUCGUGCUUCUACAAAUGGGUCGACAUCUUUCACUGCCAUAUGUAGAAUAUAUCAAGGUAAAGUCUGUGAGGAUAAAGCCUGGGAAGCACACUCACCGUGGAUGUGGUAUUGAUGGUGAGUUUUUCCCACUCAGUGGACAAGUAAUUUCUUCUUUGCUUCCAGAACAGUGCAGGCUUAUUGGUCGCUUUCGUAUAUGAUAACUGAGUUCUUUUCAAUUCUUUCAUGGGUUCUGGGAUGUUCAUGUACCUUCUCAUGAGUCCAGAUACCCAAUUUGUCUUGCAAAUUCCCCAUCGCUGUAACAGCUGAGCUUUGUAAAUCUUUUGUUCCGGUUAUAUGUAUCUGUUGUCGCUUGUUUACCUGUCUUUAUUUUGUUUUCAUAAAAAAUGAAAAAAAAAAACAGAAACAAGCUACACAUUUGUGCAUUUCCUGCAACAAGAGGCUGAAUGUAUUGCUGAUCACCAUUUCCUCGAAUUGAUCAAUUGAUUUUCUCAAAUCCAAAGCUUUUGAUUGUCA